UUCGGUGUCACAGUGUCACGUCGACAGAUUCAAUAAAUAAUCAUACUGCUUUAUUUGCAUAUACACCUUUUGUUGUUUUUUAAUUAAAUAAGUAAAAUACAAUUAAUAUAAUGGAUUUUUUUACAUCUAUUCCAACUCACAUUGACUACGUGGGUCAAGCUAAGGCGGAAAAAUUGUACAGAGCCAUCAUUACAUUAUUUAGUAUCGUCGGCUUCAUUUGGGGCUAUAUUGUUCAACAAUUUUCUCAAUCUGUCUACAUUCUUGGCGCUGGAUUUCUUUUAGCAGCAAUUUUAACCCUACCACCAUGGCCAAUGUACCGUCGGAAUGCUUUAAAUUGGCAAAAUCCAAGAAAUACUGAUGAAAAACCAACAGGAAAGAAAGGGAAGAAAUAAAACAUUUGUGUUGUUAUUUGGAAUUAAAAUUUAAUUUAUA